AUGGCUGCUGAUCGGCGCCACCCGGCUGUGAACGACGUGUACCUGACGCUCGUCGGCGCCAGCAACACCCUCGCCGACGUCCAGCGCCGCCUUGACCUCGAGUUCCGUGCCUCCUACCCUGACCACGCAAACCCGGCGAAACUGGUAGGGCGAGUGAAGCGGGUGCAAGAGGAGGUGGCUGCGCUCAAGGAUCUCUGCCGCGACCUCCUCGCCCAGAAGCAGGAGCUGAUCGACAUGAUGCGCACGAGCCUGGCUGCGCAGCGGAGCGCCACGCAACGGCUUCUCGCCUCCUCCGGGCUGCCCCUCAUGACCGACGACGAGGAGGCCGCCUGCGCCAGCCUCAAGCAGGUGAUCGACGAGUGGACUGAUCAGCUGAAGCCAAUGGCAGGUAGGUUUUCUUUGCUUUGCAGCAGUUCGUUGGAUUUUGUGACGGGGAACUCACUCCAACUGGUCGUGGUUUCACUUGCAGGGGGUCCGGAUGGGGAGAAUGAAGACACCAACCAGAUCCUCUUCUCCGCAAUCCUUUAG